AUGAGUCAUAAUGAGUCGUGGAAGGCCAAAGUACGGACCACCAAUCAGAAGAAGCUUACUGAACGCCUUCAAGGGCCUGCUGAUUAUUCGCAAUGGUCGAAUAUUCACUACGAUAACCACUUCUCGUCCCUGGUACCGCAGUUGGAAGGCUUUCCUUCGGCUGUGCCAGUUUGUCAAUCCUUCGAUACCCUCACGCAUGAGUCGGCACUCUGGGCAGAACCUGAUCUGUCCUUUGUGGACACCGACUGGAAUUUCCUAUCUGUCGAUCAUUCUACGCCGUAUCCUUCCGCUUUUGACGAUGUCCCGGUUGUGGACAUUGGGUACGGCACCGCCUCCGCUUUCAAUUCUCUUUCGGAUUCGGCAUCGAUCGAACACCAGCAAUUUAUAUCCGCGUCUCUGGCUUCUAGUUCGGCCAAUUCACAAGAUGGCCACUCGCAACCUUCCCCUGUUUCACAAUUCCCUGCUCCCGUCUCGACUUCUUUGUCAAGCCCCUCCACCUCUCAGGGUGAUGAUGCUCUAGGUCGUGUCGAUUCAUCGCGUGUAGAAAAGCGCAAGCUCAACACACUCGCGGCGCGGAGAUGUCGGCAGAGACGUGCUGAUAGGAUGAAGGAUCUGGAGGCUGAAUUGGAGAAGGUCCGAAAGGAAAGAGAUGAAUGGAGACUUCGAUGUUCAAAGCUUGAAGGUGAAACGGAUGCUUUGAAGGGUCUCCUCUCUCGCAAGAACAAGGAUAUAUAG